CUGAAACAAGAUAUUUCAUCUAUUGAUUCCACCAAAAUACAUGUAGAUGGCAGACGUUUCUCAUAAAUAGAUGGAUAUGUUUAAUGACUUUCAUUUGACGAUAUACAAUCAACAACUUUCACCAAGAACUAUGUUAAACGCUGCUUGCUAUUUGAUGUUGAUGCAUGCGCUAAUUUAUUGCGUUACAACAACUUCUCCACCCCAAUUUAUGAAGGAUAUAAAUGGUUACAGAAAUGCAUGCAAAUCGAUAGGAUGGGAACCAAAACAAGAUUGUGGAUCUUUGAGGCAAGUGAUUGCCUUUCAUCCCAGGUUAGGCCACGGUCAUCUAAGAAAUGUCCCAGUAAACACAACGAUGAAAUACGGCAUUGUCCUUUUGAAUAAAGGCGAGGGUUAUAAUCCUAAUACUGGAAUAUUUACUGCACCGGAGGACGGGGUGUAUUCGUUUGCCUGGUCCUUUUUGACAUUCCACGGUGGAACGGUGUACAUUGCUGCUGUCGUAGAUAAUGUUGACAAGAUUCACACUUGCAUAAAAAAUCAACAAAGUGGUCACAUCAAUACGUCGGGUCAUCUUCUUUAUGAACUAAAGAAGGGCAACAAAGUAUGGAUAAGAACUUGGCACGUUCCUGCAACCUCUAUUCUCGGAGGAUACUACACGUACUUCUCGGGAAGCAAGCUCAAUUCCAACUGACUUUAAAAUAUAUUGUGUUACACAACAGAAAAUGAUUUAAAACAGAAAUAAAAUGUCUAAACAUGU